ACACGUGAGCUAUCCAAAUCUUCCAUAAGAAAAUAAAUAUCAAGAAAUACCAAGAACAAUUUCACGUGAAGGCUGAAGCGUUUAACAAUUUCUAGGUUGCAAUUGUCACUGCACUCAUCCAUUGUUCUACAGGAAAAAAGAAUAAAGAAAAAAAAGAAUAGCCGUACGUACUUAUUAGCUAGUGAUGGUUCGGUCUUGAGAAACCAAACCAGAAUAAUGGAGCAAAAGAGUGCAAUGAAGAAACAAGGCUGGGAGAUUGAAGCAAUAGGGAUCACCUACAAAAUCUCGACCAAAAAAAGAGAGCACCCUUUUAAAAUCUUCACCAAAAAGCAAGAAAUAAAUCAAGAACCGAAACAACAAGUGACAAAUCGUGAAGAAGCUAGCCUUGGAUCCAGGCAUGUCUUAAAAGAUGUUUAUUGCAAAGCAAAGCCAUGGGAAAUCCUUGCUAUUGUUGGUCCAAGUGGAGCAGGUAAAUCAUCCUUACUUGAAGUCCUAGCUGGGAAACUCACCCCACAAAGUGGUUCCAUUAUUGUCAACCAAAACCCUAUUAACAAAGCUCAGUUCAAGAAGUUUUCAGGCUAUGUCACCCAAAAAGACACCCUCUUUCCUCUCCUUACAGUUGAAGAAACACUCAUGUUUAGCGCCAAGCUACGUCUAAGGCUUCCUCAAGAUCAACUGAGCUCUGAGGUUAAGUUCUUAAUGCAUGAGUUAGGCUUGGAUCACGUAGCCAUGACUCGAGUUGGUGACGACCGGAUUCGUGGGAUAUCCGGCGGAGAAAGGCGUCGUGUGUCGAUAGGAGUUGAUGUCAUUCAUGAUCCUGAAGUGCUAAUUCUUGAUGAACCAACUUCAGGUCUUGAUAGCACUUCUGCUUUGCAGAUUAUUGAUAUGCUCAAGCUCAUGGCGGAGACAAGGGGCCGAACUAUAAUACUAAGCAUUCAUCAACCCGGAUUUCGGAUUGUGAAGUUGUUCAAUUCAGUACUUCUGAUGGCUAAUGGAUCGGUCUUGCAUCAUGGCACGGUGGAUCAGCUUGGUGUUAAUUUGAGGACAAUGGGAAUGCAGUUUCCUCUUCAUGCCAAUGUUGUUGAAUUUGCUUUAGAGUCAAUUGACACCGUUCAACAACAAAGGAAAGUUUUGCGGCAAGAAACUCAACCACAACUGCUAUCAUCAUCUACAACAAAAUCUCGGCAGAAGAAAGUAGAAGUUGGCGAGAGUAGAAGUGGCAAAUUCACUCUUCAACAACUCUUUCAGCAAUCUAAAGUGGUAGAUGAGGAAAGUAUCGAUUUUGGGUUUGAUUUUCCUCUUGGUUUUGCUAACUCAAGGUUGCAAGAAACUUUGAUCCUCACUCAUAGGUUCUCCAAGAACAUUUUCAGAACCAAGGAGCUUUUUGCAUGCCGAACGAUUCAAAUGUUGAUUUCUGGACUUGUUUUGGGUUCUAUCUUCUACAACCUUAAAGAUGAUUUGACUGGAGCAGAAGAAAGGGUAGGACUAUUUGCUUUUAUACUGACUUUCUUGUUAUCUUGCACAACAGAAGCUCUACCAAUCUUCUUGCAAGAAAGGGAGAUUCUUAUGAAGGAGACAUCUUGUGGGAGCUAUAGAGUCUCAUCAUAUGUCAUUGCCAAUGGACUAGUUUACUUGCCAUUUCUACUCAUCCUUGCCAUACUAUUCACAAUUCCACUAUAUUGGCUAGUGGGACUGAACCCAAAUUUCAUGGCAUUCAUGCAUUUCUUGUUGUUAAUCUGGUUGAUUCUCUACACAGCGAAUUCGGUUGUGGUAUGUUUCAGUGCUCUAGUCCCUAACUUCAUCGUUGGGAAUUCAGUGAUUUCAGGGGUGAUGGGAUCGUUCUUCUUGUUCUCUGGCUACUUCAUAUCGAAGCGUGGAAUGCCAAAUUAUUGGAUUUUUAUGCACUAUAUAUCGUUGUUUAAGUAUCCAUUUGAAGGGUUUUUGAUAAAUGAGUUCUCAAAUCCAGGGAAGUGCUUGCAGUACAUGUUCGGGAAAUGUAUGGUUAGUGCAGAAGAUUUGCUUAGAGAAGAAGGAUAUGGAGAGGAUGGUAAGUGGAGGAAUGUGGUUAUCAUGGUAUGUUUCAUCUUGGUUUACAGGUUUAUUUCUUAUGUUAUUCUUAGGUUAAGAUACUGUCCUGGCAUCAGCAGUUUCAAGGGUUCACUUGUUUGAUGAUUCUGCUGAA